UCCGACCCGGGUCUGUUCGACAAUUACCUCGUACAGUCAUCAAAUAUUGUUCUUCAUUGCUUAAUACGAGAGUACCUAUUGCUUCAGAAACCACAAGACACAGGAUAGAGAAGUCAGGCGAUUCUUAUAAGCAAGGGAGAACCAAUAAAAUCAAUCCAAACCUACUAGGAGAUCAUCCAGUUACCAUGGCGGAUACCAACCAUGUCAAGAAGGUUGCCAUCGUCGGUGUCAACGGCACGGUGGGCAAGUAUAUUACUAAAGCACUUCUAAGUGGGGGCAAGCACGAAGUGACAGCCGUCACUCGGGGUGACGCAGAGAUCCCUAAAGGCGUAAAGGUCGCCAAAGUGUCAUACGACGACCCUGCAAGCUUGACAAAAGCCCUAGAGGGCCAGGAUGUACUCAUCAUCACCAUGGGAACCAGGGCUCCGAAAGACACCCAGCAGAAACUCGUCGAAGCUGCUGCAGCAGCUAAUGUGGCGUUCGUGUUUCCAAACGCCUGGGGCAUAGAGAGUUCUUAUGGAGCCCUCGGCACUGACACACUCUUGGGGCCACCAGCUAUAGCAGCGAUGAGAAGGGCCGAAGAGCUGGGCAAGAGCGCAUGGAUCAUGAUGAAUACCGGAUACUGGUACAGCCACAGUCUGGCAACAUCCUCCGCUCACGGAUUCGACUUGAACAACAAGACCGUGACGUUCUACGAUGAAGGGACUACGAAGAUCAACAACAUCACCUGGGAAAAGACCGGAGACGCAGUCAGAAAUCUCCUAUCCCUGCCCAUUGAACCUGAGGGUGGUAACGGGCCGACUCUAUCCGACUACAGGAACAAGCAAGUGUAUAUUUCCGGCUGGCUUCUGAGCCAGAAGGACAUCUUCCAGCAUGUUCUCCGGGUAUCUGGAACCAUGGAGUCGGACUGGACAAUCAAGUACGAGCCCGCCGCUCAGCGGUAUGAGGAGGCGAAAAAGCGGCUUUUCUCCGGCGAUCGCUCCGCCUACAACCAGAUGCUCUAUGCCAGAACGUACUAUAACAACGGCGACGGCAACUUUGAGACCAGACAUGUACUGGAAAAUGAGAAGUUAGGUCUUGCCCCGGAAACACCAGAGUCGCUUGACGAACAAACCAAACUCGCAUUUGAGCUUGCUGCGUCCGGAUAUAAGUAUUGAACAAUAGAUGAUCAAUAAACCUCGAUUGCUGUUAGCGAGAAGAGCUCUUGAACCUAAUUAUAAUAUAGUAGUAUCUUGGGAAUGACAUUUUCUGUUUUUCAUUGAACCUAUGCUACACGAUACUUGGGCCGUUUUUGUUGAAGAAACGCUUCAAUGGCUGCUCCACGGCGAAUUUAUGGGCUGUAUACAUUGCUCCA